AUGAUGGCGAUGAUGAUGACUGGCCGUGUGCUGCUGGUGUGUGCCCUCUGCGUGCUGUGGUGCGGUGCCGGCCGGGUUUAUGCGAGGGACGUCAACAAUAAUUUAUUGAGUGGCUGCAUGGCGUCGGGAAUCUUGGGAAAGAAAAAAUCAUUUUUGUCGAGCGGAUGUGAUAAAAAUGCACCGACGGUGUCAUUACAUUUGGCGUUGCCUAUCACUGCUGUUGAAGCUUCGACUGGCGAAAGUGUUUCUGAUUCAACCGAUAUUUAUCCAGAUUCACUUUCGGUACCACCAUCACCACCGCCAGUAACCGGGUUACCGGAAGCACUCAAAGCACCUAAAGCGCCACAAGACCCACCGGAAUCUGAUGUUGGUCAAACUGGUGUUGGUAACCCUUCGUCUCUGGUUCCUAAUGACGACAGUUCUGGUGGUGGCGGUUCUGAAGAAAAUGGGAAUUCUAACAAAAGUGGGGUUUCUGCCUCGGAGUUUUCUACUGUUGUUGGUGCUUCUCGAUCUUCCAUUCCCCCUGAAGUUGGUGGUUCAGAGAAUAAAAGCGGUGCACCCUCUGAUUUAAAAUUGGAAUCUCCAGAAACAAAUGAGCCGCCGGAAAGAAUCCUUGUAGAGACAAACAAAGAUACACAAAAGGUUCCAAAACUCGAAGAAAAUCCGGAGUCCUCUCAUAAAAAAGAAAAAGCGAACAUUCGGGGUACGAGUGAGGAAGCAGGUAAAAACGAGGCAGGACGGAGUGGCGUGGAGGCACACGGCCCUUCCAGCGUGUUGUCUGCCGACAGCCAGCUGCAGCAACAAGGUACAACAGUAACAGUAACACAACCACCACCACCGUCACCAGAACAGCAAACAUCGGCAGUAUCACCAUCACCAGGGGUAGAUACACCCGCAGCGCGAUCACGAGAAGCGGGAGAUCCAGAAGAAGGAAAAGGAAUACCACCGACACGAACAGCUUCACAUAAUUCAACCGAUGAAAAGCACAAAGCGCCACCUUUACAAAGCGAAAAAGAGUCCGCAGCACCGAAACCGCCUUCAGCGGAUGGCGUGCUUGAGCAAAACAGUGAAGACACAACAACAAAAGAGGCGAUAAAGAUGGAUGCAGAUACCGAUGGCCCAGCGGCAUCAUCAGAAUCAUCCAUCUCCACAAGUGACAGUGGUGUUUUUCAGGAUAAGACGGAAGAGGAGGAUGAAAAUGAACAACGGCCUGAAGCCAAAGGACCGCACAAUGACCCCCAUGCCGUAAAUACUAACGAUGCUCCCACAGCCAGUGAGGUCGAACCACAAACACCAGAAACAGACACCACCCAAACAAAUGCUACAUCUACUUCUGGCGACAUUGACGGCAGCACCGCUGUCUCCCACACCACCUCCCCUCUUUUUCUUCUUCUUAUUGUUGUUGCGUGUGCGGCUGCUGCUGCGGUGGUGGCCGCGUGA